AUGGUGACGGAUUCGGGAAAGGUUGUUGGGUACAUGAUAGUGUACGUUGAUGAUCUUAUGUUUUUGGCAAAGGAGGGUGACGCAAGUCGCUUGUUUGCUUGGAUUAAGGAGAGAUGGGAGUGUACGCCGUUACAAAGGGCAACCCUUCAUGAUCCGAUUGCCUUCUUGGGUGUGGAGAUCCAGGAGGAAACCGGUGACGAAGGAAGUGUUGGGUUUUCUUUGAAGCAGAGAGGCUAUAUAGAGGAACUCGCUCGAAUAUACGGUACACCCGAUGUAAGUCGAUCAUCUCCUCUACCGCGUGAAUGGGCAAAGGAGGUUCCAGAACAAGAACUUCCUAUGUGCCCAGCAGCUUUGCGGAAGGCGCAAAGAAUCACUGGAGAAUUGUUGUGGGUUGCGCAGAGAUCGAGGCCGGACAGAGCACAUGAGGUUGGAUUGAUGAGUUCAUGGGUGAGCCGAGCUCCGACCAUUGUGUACAAGCUUGGAAUCCGGAUCUUGGAGUUUCUCAACGCGACCAAGGAUGACUCCUUAUCCUUGACACCUGUACCAGGAGCCAGCAAGGGAGUUGUUGUGUAUACAGAUGCUUCCUUUGCGCCUUACGGAGGGCAUUCUAUCAUUGAAACCCCAAGGGUAGCGCUUUAA